AUGAGAUCCAACGCUGUCAUUGCCGUGCUUGUUUCUCUCGGUGGUUCUGGUGUUCUUGCUGGGCCUUGCAAGCCUGUCACUUCGCAGGCCACUCAACUUACGUCUGUAACAACCGAUGAGUCCACUCUCAUCGACCUCACUACAACCAUCAUUGCAUCCGAGACCACCGCCGAAUCUCUCAUUCCCUCCACCACCGAUGUCAGCUCGCAGACCACCGAGGACUCUACUGUCGAGGUACCCACGACCACCGCCUCAGCUGAACCCACGUCCGAGGAACCAGCAGUUACCUCGGAUGUGAGCACCACGAUCGCUGAGCCGACCACAACCACAACGGGCCCUGCUCUAUGUCAAACUCCAAUCCCUUGCGAUAACCUAGGCCUCGACUGGGCUUACUUUAUCAACCCUACCAUAAACACGGAUACCACAUAUUCCGCCUUUGAUCCCGCUUCCUUCAAGCCACAGGGUCCUCUGUAUACUGGUACCACUCGCAGGAUCGGUGGCAUAUUCGAAAGUCAGACGUCCGUUGCAGGGCCCAUCUACGGUACAAGCCAAGACUUCCCAUACGACUUCUUCGCUCUGAACCACCACGGCUAUAUCUAUACAUGUGAGGCUGGUACUUACAAGUUCGACAUCCCGUAUGCCAACGACGCUGUGUAUCUUUGGGUUGGUCAAAGUGCCUAUGCUGGAUGGACAAAGAGCAAUGCUCCCGCGAAAGCUCUCUAUAACCAGCCGGACCAUAUUGCUGGAAGCGUGUCUUACGAAAUUGCUAUGCCUGCGGGCCAAUACAUCCCCAUUCGAGUGGUGUAUGGACAAGCACAGUCUGGUGGCGGAUUCACGUUCAAGGUCACCGCUCCUAGUGGGCAGGUCCUUCUUGGUGACAAUGCCGAUUCUAGUGCCCUCGUUGUACGGAAUUCAUGUGAUGGAGUCAAUGCGCCCCAGUUCCCAGCUUUUGGUCAGGAGAUUUAA